AUGUCGCAGAGGAGUGUUGGCUCACCAAGCAACCCUGUUUGGGGAGACUCGGUCAUGUCCAUCGAACUCACGGAUGACUUCCAACUGCAAGACUAUCCUUUGCGCUUGGGAGUUUGCAGCUCUGACGCAGGACCACCAGACCAUGGCUUUGUCACCAUCAAUCUAGAGCAGAUCUUGCACAGCCGCACGGAAAUGGAUCCAGAUGAAGUGGUGAGCAUGAAAGGCUGGUUCCCGUUGUUCGACACCAUGACGGGCGUGCGCGGUCACAUUCUUGUCUCUAUCAAGAUGCAGUUUGUCGGGGAUCAGUCAUACAACGACCGCUUCGCCUCGUCUGUCGGUGUGCGCUUCUUCUCCAUUGCUUGUCCCCCGCAGCCGGGCGUCUUCGUCGUGGAGCAAGUGCUCGGCUUGGUGAAGGAGCUUCGCGCAGUUCAGGACCCAGAGUACAACUGGCGUGACCUCAUUCGGUCGGACCGCUCGUCCAACGAGGAGCGCCUCAGGGUGUUCCACAAUGCGGCGAUGCGCGCGCGGCGAGAGCUCGGCAAGCAGGUGAGACGCCUCGGUGCAAAUGCAGUGCUUGGGUACCGCGAGUAUGUCGACCUCGAGGGUGACGCAACAGAUCGCAUUUGCAUCCGAGCCUUCGGCACUGCUGCGCGCAUUCUGCCGACCAGCGCGGCCGGCGGCAUGGUCAGCGGGCUGCGACAGGGAAGCUUCGAGGUCCAGCUUGGGCGGUCACCUCGACGUCGUGAUGGAGACAUCGAAGGGGCAUUUCCGCCACUGCCGCUUCUACCUGCGACUUCAGGCGGAGCGGCCUCGGAUGCCCUCCUUAGCCAAGCCGUGUCCGUGACGAGGAGCAGCGAUGAAAUCAGCCUCGGCGGCAGCGCCGUAGAUGCCUUGGCUCCGACUGUGGAGGUGCUGCAGCGAGGUGUCUUGCAUUGCCUGGAUCGGCUACCAGUAGCUGAGAGAGUUGCAAUCUGCGGCGUCGUGGCAGCGCGUGCGGUGAAGGUGUUCAGCUCGCGCACGACGCAGGACAGCCGUGAGUCGUGGUGGGCCGACUUGCAGGAAGAGCUGCUGUCGCACGCCCGUGCUCUCGGUGGCGAUUCCAUUGUUGGCUACCGAGAACACGUGUCUAUCACUGAUGAGGUGGCGAUGCUUUCGGUGACGGGAACGGCACUACGGCACCUGCACACUGCCACGACGGUGCCUAGUUUGCCGGACUGCAGCCUUGCGCAUGCCUCCGAAAGCCGUGAUGAUGCGGGACGUUUGUCUCGUUGCUGCAUGUGCGGGGAGGGCUUGGUGCCGAACGUUCUCCUGGCGACCUCGGACUUCCCCGAGGGCCUGCCGAUCCUUGGAAGGAGCGAGCUGGUGGAGGCCCGCGUGGUGCGCCUCAAGCGGAAGGUGACCGGUGAAGCGCAUGCCCAGGACCUGUCUGAAGCGUUGCCCUUCCUCGAGUUAGAGCUGCACAAGCAGCUUGUGCACAAGAUGCGGGUCAUGGGGCUGAAUGCCGCGUUUGGCCUCCGUGUGGAGAUCUCCAAUGGUCCGUCGUUGCUCAUUGGAGUUGCUACGGCCACAGGAGUCUUGGUGCCUGCCUUGCCGCGCCCUCCGGUGGUCAGGGCCAACCCGGGGCGCUUUAAUCGAGCCUUCACUCCGAGCGAUGCUCCGAAGAGUCAAGGUCAUCGUACGGUAGGCGGGACGAGUUUCCGCACGAAUGUUGGUGCCAAGACGCCAGCCUCGAGCGCUCCGAGCAUGCGGACUCGACAGGCGGCUGGCGCCCAAUGGCUCCGAGGAGUUCAGCAGGAUGCAAUGAGCCAUGCAUCUGCCAACCCUACCUCUCCACCAAUGGGAACGUCUGCUGCGAGUGGCUUCAGCCGUUCCGUGGGCCAGACGACGAAGGGAGGAGCCACCGAGAAAAACUCCUGGCGCAGCCUUGCGCUGUGCCCGGCCAGGCAUCGCCCGCCUUCUCGACCCUCACGGGCCUGGAGGAAGUGGAUGCCAAGAUUCCUGGGUAGCUUCUUCGGGGCGGCACCGGUUGCUGGACCAGACCUGGGGUUUCUCUGA